AUGAAGGCGAAACAAACAGCUAAAGCAUCACCAUUUUGGCCUUCUUUUUCGCAAGUAUUUUACAACAAAAUAAAACAGGAUGUGAUUCGAUGCGAUAAAUGCGGAACAAUUCUUAUACACAAAUCCAUUGACGGAACGAAGGUGAUGUCAACUCAUACAAAGGCUUGUGGAAAGAAAAAACAACUCAAUACUACUCAACAAAGCGCCGAUGCUAGUUCGAAACGAAAUUCAACGUCUACACAGAUAAAAAUUCCUUCGCAAGUCAAGCAGUUGAUUACCGAUGCAUCCGUUGAAUUCACUUUUCUCGAUAAUCGACCAUUUGAACCUGUUAAAGGAGAUGGACUUGUCAAUUUAGUUGGAAAAAAUCGUCGUUGCUGGCCAACAGUUAUCAGGACUAGCAGGUGCACAAGUGAAAGACUUGUUACCCUAUCCGACGACGGUAAGCAGAUAGCAUGA